AUGUCAAAGAAGAACUCCACAGAGGUGACUGAGUUCAUUCUCCUGGGUCUGACAGAUCGAGCAGAGCUGCAGCCCAUCCUUUUUGUGGUAUUCCUGGUCAUCUACCUGAUCACAGUGAUUGGCAACUUGAGCAUGAUCUUGCUAAUCAGGAGUGACUCAAGACUUCACACUCCAAUGUACUUCUUUCUCAGUCACCUCUCCUUCCUAGAUCUCUGCUAUGCCACCAAUAUCACUCCUCAGAUGCUGGUUAGUUUCUUAUCCAAGAGGAAAACCAUUUCUGUCAUUGGUUGCUUUAUACAAUUCCACUGUUUCAUUGCCUUGGCGAUCACAGAAUAUUAUAUGCUCACAGCAAUGGCUUAUGACCGCUACAUGGCCAUCUGCAAACCCUUGUUAUAUGGUAGCAAAAUGUCCAGAAGGGUCUGCAUCUCCCUAGUCAUGAUUUCUUAUACUUAUGGCUUUGCAAAUGGUCUGGCCCAGACCAUCCUGAUGCUUCGUCUUUCUUUCUGUGGACCCAAUGAAAUCAAUCACUUUUACUGUGGGGAUCCACCUCUGUUAGUCCUUGCCUGCUCAGAUACUCAUGUCAAAGAAAUGGCCAUGUUCGUGGUGGCCGGUUCCAACCUCACCUGCUCUCUCACCAUGAUUCUCAUCUCCUACAUUUUCAUUUUCAGAGCCAUUUUGCGUAUUCGCUCUGCUGAGGGAAGGCACCAGGCCUUCUCCACCUGUGGGUCCCACCUGACAGCUGUCACUGUCUUUUAUGGGACACUGUUCUGCAUGCAUCUGAGGCCCCCUUCAGAAACAUCUGUGGAGCAGGGUAAAAUUGUAGCUGUGUUUUAUAUCUUUGUGAGUCCUAUGUUAAAUUCUUUGAUCUAUAGCCUGAGGAACAAAGAUGUUAAAGAAGCAUUCAGAAAAGUUAUCCAAAAUAAAUUGUUUGUUAAGUAA